UUUACUUGCGGAUGUUUUCUCCGUCCCUCUUCCACCCCAUCUUCAACGCGGAAGUCAGUUACGCACCACCUCACACAGCUGCUCGGCGGGGACGAUGAAAUAAACAAAUAGUCGUCGCUCAGUAGCCCAACACAUCGGAAGGAUUGGGCGAAGUGUUGCAGUUAGAACCACCAUGCGCUGUGCUCUGGAAGCAGCACAGGACGUGUGUUUGUGAGCAGCCCUGGUUGGCCCCCGCUGGGAUGAACAUGCCACUGCACCAAAUCUCCGUCAUCCCACGGGAUGUCACCUCCUCGCGGAUGUCGGGCAGUGGGAAAGCGAAAGACAAGGACAAGCAGAAUGAAAAGCCUCUAGGUCAUUCAGCCAGCAGAUCCAGCAAUAUAUCAAAGGCGGGGAGCCCGACCUCAGUCAACGCCCCAUGCAGUUUCUCAAGGACGUCCGUUUCCCCGUCCAGCCAGGACAUCUGCAGCAGUCAGGAUCAGGACACUCAGACACAGACUGCGGUGGUCCUGUUGAACUCCAACGGUAAAACGUCUGACGGUCUUUCAGUGACCACUGUCUGCGCAGACUCCCUGCACGGCUCCAAGUGCACCAAACAGAGAGACUGGUUGUCUGUGCUGCGCCCCGCCUCCGUCAGCAUUCGACCUAAAAACUCCCUCAAGUUUUCUCUGUCUCUGAAUGACGUGGGUCAGCGCGUGGACAACCUCUGUCGUGGGCUGCACUUCAUAGAUCGCACAUGCUCAGAGGGAGAGCUGGAUGUGAAGCCUGAGCACGCUCAGAGUCCCAACAGCAAGACCCUCAGGGACGACCCGGUCGCCACGUCUAAGAGGGAGAGCAGGGAUGCUCCACUUUCAACCCGCACCACCCUCCAUCUAGUCCCCUCCCUCACUAACAACCACAAAUACAUGUUGGGCAACUCAUCCGGUCCCGCUUCUCCUCCUCCUCACCCCAGCAGUCUCCUCCAACCUCUUUCCACUCCGGGCUCGAACUUCCUUCGUCUCCUCCUUCCCUUCUCCCGAUCUUCCACCUCCGCCAGCCUGCAGUGCUCUGAGCUGGGAAGCUACGCCUCCCACCUCCACAUCACCAAGUCCUGCAGCACGCUGCUAGAAGGCACAGAGUCAGGCUUCCUUUCACAAGGAGAUGACAGUGUGUUUGAAGUGGAGCAUAGUAGGUCACCUUCCAAAGGAGCGAGCCAGACGACGACCCCAGAGACGGUCAGCGUGUCUGGGACUCUUCUAGCCCCGCUGUGCUAUAUGGAUGAGGACACGGACCUGGAAUGCUGUUCGUCGCCUUUGACGGAGAAAUCAGGGGCACUGUCACAUUAUUCUCUAUCAGGGGACUGCUGCAGGAUUUGUCACUGUGAAGGAGAUGACGAGAGUCCUCUGAUCACACCGUGCCACUGCACCGGGAGUCUGCGCUUCGUCCACCAGGGCUGUCUGCAGCAGUGGAUCAAGAGCUCAGACACCCGCUGCUGUGAGCUCUGCAAAUAUGAGUUCAUCAUGGAGACAAAGCUCAAACCACUGCGCAAGUGGGAGAAACUUCAGAUGACGGCAAGCGAGAGAAGGAAGAUCAUGUGCUCAGUCACCUUCCACGUCAUCGCAAUCACCUGUGUGGUUUGGUCGCUCUACGUCCUCAUUGACAGAACAGCGGAGGAAAUUAAAAGCGCCCGAAGAAUCCCAGGUAUCCUGGAAUGGCCUUUCUGGACCAAGCUGGUGGUGGUGGCCAUCGGCUUCACGGGCGGAUUGGUUUUUAUGUACGUCCAGUGCAAGGUCUACAUCCAUCUAUGGAAGAGACUCAAGGCCUACAACCGUGUCAUAUACGUGCAGAACCGGCCGGACACGUGUAAAAAGUUGGUGCUGGAGAAGCCUCCGCUCAUGGAGCCGAGCCUGGAGAGCAAGGAGGCGCUGGCCCCCACCCAGUCGGACACAAACUCCUCCCAGUACACAGAGACAGAAGAAUACAGUAUGGAGGUCCUCCACGUCUGACACGGAGUUCAUUUCAUAAGCCUCCCCCCACCCCCACACUUGUGCUUGCAGAAACAGGCGGGAGGGAAGAGUAGCGCUCGACGUUCCCCUGCCUCUGAUGGUAGACCUGACCCGCUGUCCUCUCCUGAUUCCACCUGCACUCUCCAUUCGCACUCUGACCUUUCCUUACCCAGGACCGGACUGUUUGUACUGACUUCUAUAAAUGUCACACAAGGCCUGGAGCUUGGCACUCUACACGCACUGUUCACGUUCCCCGUCGGUUGAGCAGAUCAGAGACACAAAGAGUCAUCCUCAAUGUUUUCGGAGUUGGUUUUUACCUCCUGUAAGUGUUGGAUCAGUACACCACCAUACAUCUCUGGAGCGUUCCACAUACUGCCAUCUCUGCACCGGUUCAAUUCUGACCGGGCCUCGGAAAUGCAUUAAAGCACUUUUUUGUUUUUCUUGAAGAUCUACAACAACUCCUCUCCUCCCUUUUAAUUCUCCUCCCUUUUUAUUCUUGAAUAAUCUAAAUCUUCUUUUGCUUUGUUCCUUGGGAAGAGCACAGAGAAACUUUUUCCUCAAAUGCACAUACUCCUAUAGACUUCACUUUGAUGGCAAAAAAAGGAACUGAGGUGGGUAAAAGGAGGGAAACCUGCUGAAGGAAAUGGAAUGGGUUAACACCCCAUUCCUCUGCCCCCAACACAUGAACUUUUUGAAGGCUUUGAGAAUGUAAUCUUUUCUAAAAAUGAUUAAAAACAUAAAUAAAAUUAAAAAAAAAUAUUUUUUUUACUAGUAACUGGACAUUGCAAGAAUAAUUUCCAUGUCUUGAGAAGGUAAUGUUAGCCUGCAGGCGUAUAACAGCAUUACUUUUUCUUUUUGUUGUUUUUGGGGUUUAAUAUCUUGUGAAUGACACAGUAUUUACAGCGUGAUAUUCCAUGUGCAGUUUUUAAUGUGAGCUGAUGUGUUUGCUUAGUCAGGAGACAUUACCACUUCAUGCCUUGAGAAAUGAACAGCUCACUGUUUUCAGUUUCCUAUUUUCGUUGCUUCCACAGUGCAGCCCAGAAUUAAUUAAACCUUCACAGCCUGCUCUGAUUAGGAAUCCCAACAGAUUGUUAAUGUGGCUUUUUAACAUUUGCCUCAUUUUCGCCUCUGCAGGACAGGGCAAAAAGAUUCCACCCAUAUCCGUUUUUUACAGAGAGUUUUUAGAGGACUGGAGAAAAUGGAUAAAUUGCUGUUGAGUUGUUUCCAGACACUCACAUGCUCCAUUUUGUCUUUUUUAGUAUUAUGUCACCAGACAGACAGCAUUAAGCCUAUGAUUUCUUGGGGGGGGGGGGUUUUCCAUCACAUUACAUCCAGCUACAUGUUAUUUGGUAUAAAGGUCAUCCUUACUUUUACACUCUAUUUUCCUCUGAAACGAUCUUUACCUUGGCAGCCUGUGUUGGAAACGGAGUGUUAAUAAUGAUCUGGCUGUGUCGCCACCUGCUGGGGCGCAGCUGAAAUUGCACUGUGAAACAGGCAGCAGUUUAUUUCUCUAGGCUCCGUUUUUCAUUUGUGGAAACUCUGCAAUGCACGAUUUUACAGCCAUUCAAACAACAAAGAACAUUUUUAAAAACUGUCACUGAUGCCAGUGUGCUAUCUGUGACCAAUAAGGAUGAGUUACUGCUCUGCAGCAGCAAUAAUUUAGAAGCACAGUUUUUUUUUUGUUUCGUUUUGUUUUUUUUGUGUGUGAGAAAGCAUACUGUAUUUAUGUACAAGCCCAUGGUGAUUUAAGAUCUGUUUAAAUUGAAAGCAUGAGCCAGGGGAGCUGUCACCACCGUAAUCAGGUUUGAUUAAGAACCAGACGCUUCUCAGAAUCUUCAAUACCCAAAAGGCUCAGUGCAAUUAGACAGAUUUAAGAAAGUGCAAUUAAGUUGGGGGUUUUUUUCUGUUGUUGUUCUUUUACUCUAAAGUAAAGGUGUUUAAAGGUCAGAGUGUCCUCUGGGCGGAAAACUAAAUUCUUUAUUUUUGUGCUUGUAUUUAUUUUUAUCAGAAAUAGGGUAAACUUCGUCCAUUUAAACCCACCCUUCUACUACCAGUUUUUACGCAACUUGCAUCUAUCCUCUGUCCCUUUUAUUUUUUUUCUCCAGGCAUCUACAAGAGAAAAUCUUUUUGGCACUUGCGUUUUGCACAGUUUUUCAUUUAGUGAUUUUUUUUUUGUUUUUUUCUCUCUCUCUCUCUCUCUCCUUUUAAACUCAGUUGUUAGAACUUGUUUUAAAUAUGCAACCAGAGCUAAAAGCCACAACCUUUAACUUUUAGAAAUGAAAUCACCUCGGACUUAAGCUGCAGUUUCCCUGAGAUAGAAGAUUAAACGUCAACUUUGUGGUCUCCAUUUACUUUUAACUCACAGGAGCUGGCUCCUUUCAAAAAAUUGAUCGUUUUAAUGCAAAUUUCUCUUUGAUAGUCAUUUGCUUUUGGCUUAAAUUGAUUCAGUUUGUCAGAUAAGCAUGAGAAGCCAGAGGUUUUAUUAUUGCCACUUGAUAAAUUUCUAGCCUAUUGUUCAUAAUUCAUGCCUGGGAAACUGAGCUUCAUUCUUACUCUUUCAACCUGAAUAUUUGACUCUGAGCUCUCUUGUGUUUUCCUUUGAUGUUUUCUUUUGUUUGUUUGUUUGUUUUUUGUUUUUUUUUUCAUAAAACUGGAUCAUGUCUGAGACUAGUGGAACUUGCAUAAAAAGCUCCAUUUGUUUACUACUGACUGGACUUGAACAUAUAUGACUGUUUUCCUCUCCUGUCUUAUAUCAUUCCACAUGUUUUUGUCUGUGAAUUUGCUUUUUGAGAUAGUAACUGUAAAGAGUUUGGUAAAAGUGUGUAAGUUUUUAAGAGAAAUCUUGAUGUGUUUUCAGUUGAUUUCCAAUGUUUGAACAAAUAUGUAGAAUUAAAAAGAGCAACCAAAUAAAAAUUCAGAUGGGUUUUUUUCA